AUGCGGAAAAAACUGCGGGAUCUGAAUUUAGGCACCGUGUCCGGAGUGAUCACAGUCAGUCAGGAUUGUCCGCUUCAUCGAGCCUUGCAAUUUUUUAUCGACCAUCGUGUUUCUGCUUUGCCCGUUGUGGAUUCCGAUGGUCGUCUGGUCGAUAUCUACGCCAAAUUCGAUGUGAUCCCGGGAGAAAUCCGUCAUGCCGUUGGCAUGCGUGACGACCCCGUGGUACGUGUUAUGUGA